GUCACACGGGUUGCCCAAUAAAUGUUGGUCAUCAUGACCAAAAUCGUUCCGGAAAUCCACAAAACAUUGUACGAUGAAGGUGUGAGGAAACGUGAUAACCGGCUGUUCUUUUGGCCUCCCACAUCGCAAAGGCAAGCGUGGACCAGACUCCAAGCAGAUAUCCAAAUACCUACACAGCUCGGAAGUGACCUUUUGUAAGAUGAUUCCCUGAAUAAGACUUGUAGCUCGAGAUUGUCCCCAUGAGAUACAGAACUCCAGAAAUUGCCUCUGAGAUUGCAAUGACCAUACAACGAUUUGGAACUAAGUAAGGUGUCCCUCUGGAAUGCUGUGGAUAGACUCGACGGAUAAGUCUGUAAUGCCGUUCCCGUGCUGCAGGUCCCUUGAAUAAUGGUAUUACCAUUAUUGAUAUACAACUCAGUAUGAUUAUACCCCGCAUGACAGCAAGUAGGAUCAAGAUUUUGAGGGCCCAGCAAGGAAACUGUGGCAUCGACACAUCUUUUAUGAAUUGCAGUUGAAUCCUGAACGGAUUCACUUGAAUGGGCUGUCCUGAAGCACCGAUCUGUUGUGGAGCAGUUUGCGACAUGGGUGGAGUGAGGUGGAGUGUAUACUUGAGUGGAGAAUUAAAGAGACAAAGG